AUUUAAUACCAGUUUUAGAACGAAAGAUUUCAAUGCGAAAGCCAAGAGAGGAGCUGGUAAAAAGAGGGGUUCUAUUGGAAGACCCUGAGCAGGAUGGUGAAGAGCCAGACAAGGUGAAUCCGUCUGCACUGAAGAAUGGCCACACGGUGCCCAUUGGUGGUCCUGGGGUCGGUAACCUGCACAGCCAGGAAGAGGAGGCCACGAGGUCCUCCAGCCUUAGGAAGUCUGUUCUGGUCGAGGAACCGAAGAAAAGACACGGUUCAUCCAGCAGCCACCCUGGUUCCGAAUCAGAGCCGCCUCAGGAGCCACAGCCCCGCCAGCCUCUGCUUCCUCCCAAAAGACCUCCCUCCACUUCCCAGGAGGCAAAUGAGCCGCAGGGAAAGGAUCCCCAACCCGCCGGCAGCACUGCAAAAACUGACCCCUCCUCCGCAGCCCCCGCUGUGGCAAAGACAGUCGUUUCCACAGCUGCCCCCUCCCCAGCCCCCAGGACUCUGCCCCCUGUUCUCACCAGUGCCAACACUACUGCUCCUACGAGUACAACCAGCACAGCCCCUGCCAAACAGCCUCCUGUCCCCCCACCCAAACCCACCAACAGGAACAGCUCCGUGAUAGCGGAACUUUCUCAAGCAAUAAACAGUGGCACAGGCUUGUCCAAGCCUUCCCCUCCUCUCCCACCGAAGAGAGGCCUCCUGCCUACCAACCCACCGGAGGCAGCCCUCCCCUCCAAGCCCCCAGGUGACUGGACAGCGAGCCGUCCCGCACUGCUCCCACUGCACAUGGCACCCACCUACCCACCGCCCUCACCAUCCCCACCGCUGCCCACACACAUCCCUCCGGAGCCUCCACGCAUGCCCCUGCCCAACUCCACCCCUGUCUUGGAUGCCCCGCGCUCCCUGGACCUGCCCAAGGAGACCCCCCCUCCUCCCAAAGACUUCAGGUCCCUGGAGGUGUCGAAGCGGACGGCAGAGCAAGGCUUUGGUGAACCUCCCGGGCUGCCCCGUCUGCCCCAAAUCCCUCUGCACAUCCGGAUCCAGCAGGCCUUGGCCAGUCCCCUGCCCGUCACCCCCCCCGCCGAGGGCUCGCACAGAGCUCACUCUCUGCUCUUUGAGAACGAUGGCCUUGGGGAGGACAACGGCACGAUGGGCAGGACGAGGUCCCUGCCGGUCACCAUCGAGAUGCUGAAAGUUCCAGACGAUGAGGAAGAGGAAGAGGAGGAUCAGGAAGAGGAGCAGAAUUCAGGCCCACGUGUGUAUAUCGGGGACGUGCCGUCCAUCACCGUCAUCCCAAUGCUGGUGCCCCAGGUCCUGCCGGAGGAGCAGGAGGGAGAGGAAGGGAUGAGUGACUCUGACUCGGAGGGGCCCAUCCUGUACAAAGAUGAGGAGGAGGAUGAGGAAGAAGAUGAAAGCCAUAACAGCACGCUGGCUAACAAAGUGAAGAGGAAAGACACGCUGGCUAUAAAGCUGGGGAACACCACCACAGUGCAGGAAGAAAAGAUUGUCUUCCCUCGGAAAAGCAAAGAGGAGUGGAAUGAAAUUCGGCAGCAGAUCGGGACGACGCUGAUCAGGCGACUGAGUCAGAGGCCCACAGCAGAAGAACUGGAGCAGAGGAACAUACUUCAGCCGAAAAAUGAAGCUGACCGUCAGGCUGAGAAGCGAGAGAUCAAACGCAGGCUCACCAGAAAGCUUAGCCAAAGGCCUACAGUGGCAGAGCUGCAGGCCAGGAAGAUCCUGAGGUUUAACGAGUAUGUGGAAGUAACAGAUGCUCAAGACUACGACCGGAGAGCAGAUAAGCCGUGGACAAAGCUUACACCUGCUGACAAGGCUGCCAUCCGGAAGGAGCUAAACGAGUUUAAGAGCUGUGAAAUGGAAGUCCAUGAGGAGAGCAAGCAGUUCACACGGUACCACCGACCAUAAUCUUCCAAGAGGGAACAAGAGACCCAAGAGGACUGGAAGUUCUCUGCAUCCCUCUCCUGGGCAAUACAGCGAGGGCAGAACCUCGACUCUUCCAAGAUUUGCCUUCAAAACGAAUCCAGAAAAGGGCUUUCAGCCGGGAAGGGGGAUCCAGGCUGAAUGUAGCAUUUCACUGGAACAGACACGUCUCGAGUGCCAUCAGGCUGGAAGCGAACACUAUACCUCGUGCAGCUCAGCAAUACGCCUCUCUUCUGGCUCCAGCAUCCCUGCCAGACCGUGCACACACGAGCAAACAGUUCCUUCCCCAGCUCCCUUCCUGUGGUGCCAGGCCCAGCUCUCAGCUGCACGUGCUCCUUUUAGGAGCGACCCCUUUGCGUCCUCCUCCUUAGCAAGAGGAGAAAAACCAGCUCUGGUGCUGGAGAGCUGAGGAAUGGAGAUGUGCUAGGAGACACGUGUGUGUAUUUGCUGUGUGCAGACAACUGACAUCAGACUCGCUGUUUUUGGCUUUGCUUACGUCUGUUGUUAUCUUUCAUGUCCUGAAUCACUACUGACCAACGGUUUGUUGUCCUGGAAGGGAAUUGUAUAGAUAUUAACAUAUGCUGUCGUUUUUUUUUUUUUUUUUUU